AUGUUUACACUCCUGACAGCCGCGGCCGGGGGAGGAGGCGCGGGAGUUGUGGGAGGAUGGGCCGCCGCUAGGCUCGCGCUCCGGACGCGCCUCGCCGUGCGCAGGGUGGGUGCCCGCGCCUGCAGCGUCCGCCGGAGCGGCGCGGCGGGAGGUGGCCAGCGCUCCGGGCCUCGCAGCCACAGCCCCGGGCCCAGCGGGCCUGUCCGCGGCGCCGCCUGGCCGAGCCGCCCGCCCGCUCCGGGUUCUGCGCGGGCCGGAGGACGCAAAGCUCCCCGCUUCCUGAAGUUCCUGCUGCUUCAGACAAUGGAUGAGCAAUCACAAGGAAUGCAAGGGCCACCUGUUCCUCAGUUCCAGCCACAGAAGGCCUUACGACCGGAUAUGGGCUAUAAUACGUUAGCCAACUUUCGAAUAGAGAAGAAAAUUGGUCGCGGGCAAUUUAGCGAAGUUUAUAGGGCUGCCUGUCUCUUGGAUGGAGUACCAGUAGCUUUAAAAAAAGUACAGAUAUUCGAUUUAAUGGAUGCCAAAGCACGUGCUGAUUGUAUCAAAGAAAUAGAUCUCCUUAAGCAACUCAACCAUCCAAAUGUAAUUAAAUAUUAUGCAUCAUUCAUUGAAGAUAAUGAACUGAACAUAGUUUUGGAAUUAGCUGAUGCUGGUGAUCUAUCCAGAAUGAUAAAGCAUUUUAAGAAACAAAAGAGGCUAAUUCCUGAAAGAACUGUUUGGAAAUACUUUGUGCAGCUGUGCAGUGCGUUGGAGCACAUGCACUCUCGACGAGUCAUGCACCGGGACAUUAAACCAGCUAAUGUGUUCAUUACGGCCACUGGGGUGGUCAAGCUUGGAGAUCUUGGGCUUGGCCGUUUUUUCAGCUCCAAAACCACAGCUGCACAUUCUUUAGUGGGUACACCUUAUUACAUGUCUCCAGAGAGAAUACACGAAAAUGGGUACAACUUCAAGUCUGACAUCUGGUCCCUUGGCUGUCUACUGUAUGAGAUGGCAGCGUUACAGAGUCCUUUCUAUGGCGACAAGAUGAACCUGUACUCGCUGUGUAAGAAGAUAGAGCAGUGUGACUACCCGCCUCUCCCUUCAGACCACUAUUCAGAGGAACUGCGACAGCUGGUGAACAUGUGCAUCAACCCAGACCCGGAAAAGCGGCCGGACAUCACCUACGUGUACGACGUGGCCAAGCGGAUGCACGCCUGCACCGCCAGCGCCUGA